UACGGGAUCGUUGAAUCUGUCGCGGACAUCAAAGUAGAGAAACACAUUAAUUUUUAUAUCAUUUAUGUACAUGAAUAAAAUAUGUAUUUGUUUUAAGUGUUCAAUAUAUAUGUACAUAAUACGAUAAGAUUCCUUUAAAAUUUGUUUUGAUUUUCAAAAAUAUGAGAACAAAAUAUAAACUUUUAAAAUCCCUUUUAGUAAUUUGGAAUAGUCUAAAUUAUUAUUCGUGACAUGCGUAGCUUGGUGAAAUGUCGGUACAGUCGAAGACUAGAGGAAUGUUGUUAUGCCGCGUCUGCGAGCCACUUUUCGUUUAGUCUGUCCGUAGACAAGAAUAACCUAAUGAAAGGUUUUAUCGUUAGUCGUGAAAGAAUCAUUGUCGGCACAGAGUAAAGACAAAAACACGGACAAGGUAUCGUGUGGCGAUUGUUGAGGUGCGAGUGGCGAACGAACUGGGUUGAUUUGAUAACAAGUUUUCACCAAGAAUUUCACCGAUCAUGGACUGGAAUUAUUUCUUCUGGACUUUUUUUAGGAAGGUUUAAUUUAUACACCGAAACGUGUAGACUAUUUUUAUUAUUGUUGUGUAAGAAAAUCAGUGAAAAAACUGAGGAAAAUGUUUUCACAUGCUCAACAAGCAAGAGGUAGUAAUAAUUACUCAGGAAGCUUCAGCCUAGGUCCAGAGCAGUCAGGGAUCGGCCACAAUUAUGGACCAGAUGGACAUUAUGGGCCUAUGGCAAACAUGUAUGAUGGAUAUCAAAGCAAUCCUAAUGCUACACCUAUGAAGCAAUUUGGUAGCAGCAUUGGAAAUGAAACUAACUUUUUAGGGAAUGCAGACAGCAGUGGUGUUACAAACAUGAACAAUCAAGCAAUGUUUAAUGCUGGUGAUGGAACAUCAGGAUAUGCCAUGCAACAACAGAACUUUCCUUCGUAUCCUUCUUCCGGAUAUGGCAUUGUUGGUCAAGACAGUGCUUCCUCCCAGAACCGAUCUUUUCCCAUGAACUCUACUGGUAUUAACAAUUUUGAUCAGAGUAAACCGGUAGCAUACAACAGUGGAGGAAUUCCAGGAAAAACUGUAGGAUAUCCUAUGGGCCCAGGUACUAUUGGAAGUAGACGCGUGUCUGCUCCUCCGGGAAUAGGACAACGGAAUUUCCAGCAACGAAGUACUUCUUUUACACAGGAAAUGGCGUUCACUGGGAGUGAUAUGAACAGUGGUUUUACAUCAGACCAACAUACAAUGAACUCUGUGACAAAUAGGAACUAUCCCAGUGGACAAUAUCAUGUUAUGCAGGUUAAUCAAUCGAAUAUGUAUGUUCCUGGCGAACUACCAAUGGUUAGUGAAGGUAAUUUACAACAGAAUUACCAACAGCCAAAAUAUUCCACAUCUUACCCUAACUCAACAAGUAUGGGAAUGCAGGGACAAAAACUAAAUUAUGGCAUGCCACGGCCUGCUGUUUAUUCAAGUGGUUCGUCUGCUUUGACACGUACAACCUCCCGGCCUAGCAUACAGCGGAGUUUUUCAACUGGGAGAGUGGAAGAUAGUUAUAACAAGAUGGCCACUGGUGGCCAUUUAAUGAGCGCUAGCUUUGAACUCAAUAGAGGAUUUAUGAAUGGUACAGAGUUCGGAAAUAUGCAAAUGAAAGGAGAGCCAGCAAAUAGGAUUCCCAAUGUGAAUAUGUCCAGUAACUUAUUGGAUUCUAUGGGUCAACACGUAGGUAAUCAGGGAUCCAUAGAACAAGCCCAAGUGAAUCGUGUAUCAAGUCAACGUUUAAGACAUUAUGGCCCCUCGCCGAGUAAUCAUGGCAUGGCCUUUUCAAAUGUUCAAGGGAUGGAUAGCACUCCAGGAUUUCCUAAUGCAAGUUUCAACCCUAUGCAGUCAACGUCAGGACCCUUGAACUCUAACCCAACAAACUUUGAAAGUGGUAUGCCCAAUGCAAUGCAGAGUAUGAGCCCACCUGGAUCAGGGCCAAUGAAUAUGGAUAAUAUGCCCAUGGUAAAUCAGCCUGGGUAUAUGAACACUCCAUCUGUGUACCCAGACAGUGAUAAUUUCAACAUUCCACGAUCUCAGCGAUAUCCAAGCAAGUUGCAGCCUGAUGCUUAUGGAUCGGGAUUGCCUAGCAUGAAUGGUGGUGAUAUGAUGGGUGCAUAUGACCCAAACAUUCAGCCUAUGGCCAUGAGUAAAAUGAAUGCCUCCAAUCCUAUGCAAUUCCAACCGCAAAUUUCCCGUAGACACACACGUACUGAUCGCAUUUUUAGCCAGGAGCUAGAAAAACUAGCUAAGCUUUCUCGCAAUCCAAUGUCAGAGCCAUUUACUGCUUCACCAAUCACAACACCAAUCGAUUCAGCAAUGAAUCCUCAAGUGAACUCUUUCCCAGUAACCCCUGAAACGAUAUCAUCUCCAAACAAUUUCCCAAAGACCUCUAUUUCUCCCGGAUUUCAACCUGAGCAACUACCUCAGCCUUCUCAAUUGCCCGACAAUGAAGCCUUUGUACAGAAUACACAAAUCAAUUGUAAAAACACAAACUUAAAACCAAUACAAAAUUUACCCAACACACCGCAUUAUUCUGCACCAUCAACACCUAAUAAUCAAACUGCUAUGGAUAUUCCAGUGUCGGCUGCAUCAUCUACUAAUAACACAACUACGUCACACACUUUCUCAAUGACUGAUUCUGGAAAGUCGCCUUCGAAUGAAUUUAUAGACUCAAAGGUUGAAAUUGAAGAUAAAAAAAAUGCUGUACACCAAUUAAAACGGAUAACACAUUCUUUAAAAGACAAGCAAACUGAAAAAGGACAGCAAAGCGAAUAUAUCUCACAUGGCACUGAAGGAAAUACAGAGGGCGGUAGUCAGAAUUGUAUUGCAGCAUUAUCAGCUGCAUGUCGGAAUAUGAUUGCCGACAUGGAUAGUACAAUGCCAAAACAAAAGGCCCCUAAUCAGGGACAAGGAAACAGUUCCCUCCCAAGUUUUGAAACCCUCACCAGCAGUUCAACACCCAAUUAUAGUAGUAAUGCUAUUGGACGACCACCAAAUAACUGUGGUAUGGCAAACAGCACCACAACUAUGCCACCAAACUCGUUCAGUAAUAACCAGUACAAUAUGAACUCUGAUUAUCUUUCUUCUCCACCUUUUGGUGGAACAAACCAUUAUAUGGGCACAGAUUUUCAAUUGCAAUAUCAAGACUUCCUUGAGCAGUCGCUUCCCAUGCAAAUGACGCAUAAGAGACCGGAUGAAAAACCAAAACGUACGCGCAGAAGGAAAGUCUCGGAGGAUAUGUCUGAUCAAAUUUCAAAUUCAAGUGGACAAAAGCGACGGCGAUCAAGAAAAAAGUCGCAAAACCCGCCAAGUGUAGAUUCCAUUGGGACGCCACAAUCUAUUGACACUUGUGCAACCCCUGCAAUGAGCGAUCAUUUUUUAGAUGAUAUUACAAACAAUGGGGCCUGCAACACGCCUAUCCAAUCAAUGUCAUUUGGAUCAUUGAACUCGCACACACCAAGUCCAAAUUGUCCAAAUUCUAAACCGUCUCCAGGGCACGAUGAUUUGUCUGGAAAUUUUUUAGAUUCUGAUAAUUUUGAAAGCGUGUUUUCGCCAGAUACUACUGCGCAAAACCUAACUCAGGACCCUGAUGAUGUAACAAAUUCUGGACUGUUAAUAAAUCCAUCACCUAACGCAUCCAAACCUACAACCCCUAAUCGUCCCAGCUCUAAUUAUUCCAGUGCAAGUCUUCCAAUUGUAAGUCCUAAAUCGGGCCCUCUUUUGAACUGUCAACCAAGUAAUCUGCCAACCUCAACGAGCAUGGAGUUUAUUCCAUCCCAGGUGUCGUCCGCAUCUGAGAAAGUUACACAAUCUCAAGAAGCGACAAAUGAAGCUCAUCCUCUUGAAAUACUCCAACAACAAAUACAACUCCAGCGACAACAGUUUAAUUUGGGCGAAACUGGAUCAUUAAUUGGAAAUGACUCAACAGUGGUUAAAACUGAAAAAAAUUCAUGUAACAAUAGCAACCACUCGCAGACGGACAUCAAUGUUGAUGCGCUGAUCACAGAUAAAAACUCUUCCUGGUAUUUGACAAACGAUUCAAAGAAAGAUGAAGUUUUGUUACCAUGGGAAGACUCGAAGAAAGCAGCCUCCACAAUGCCAUCGAAAGGUAGGAGCCUUCAAAGUCUUAUGUGUAUUUCCUGAGAAGAAACUGUAUCUUGGAAUUUAAUAGAAAAAAAUACAAACAUGGUGACUGAAAACAACUCUUGUGAUUCAAUUGAAAUUAUAUAUGAAAUUAAUUUUUGCUGUGGACUAAAUGACAAGCGAAUUACAUGCUACACUUAAGGAUACUUUAAUAGUAAACUAAAUGCCAUUGAGGAAGACACUCCAAAAUUAUGUGUAAACAUAUUUGUCAUGUUUUUGGAUUGAUAUUUGGAUUCAAUAUUGGUGACUAAUUUAGCACAGUGAAUACCACAAUCUGCGAAAAGGAAGUCAAAGAAUUGUUUUCAUACCUCAUGUUGUAUCUAUAAUUCCAUAAUUGAAUUCAGAUUGUAUUUAAUAUUCAGUGAAAAGACAAAAAUAUUCUCGGAGAUGGACUUACUGUUCUUGCCUUAAUAUAAUACAUCAAAAGUGAUUUGGGACAGUUACUGUGCCAAGUAUAGGAAGUUUGCCUUGCACUCACAAUCAUGUACUGUACAUCUUUUUGAAAAUGUUAACUAUCUUGUAAAUUGUCUGCAUUUUAUGCCUUUCAUGUUCAUUGGAAAUAUCAAAUAUGCCUUUUGUUUCUUUAAACAUUUAAUGCGAACAGUUUCUAAAUCAGUAAUCUUAACCAGCUUGUUUUAUUACAGUCUGUUUUUGUUCGGAAAAUAGGUGAAUUUUUAACAAUUUUUAAAGGCACUUGUGUUUGUACAAUAACAAAGUGUUCAAACUAGGUUGUGAAUAUACCAUUGAUAUUUUUUCCAAGUAAAAAGUAAACAAAAUGCAGUACUGUUCUAAUUAGUUUGCCAGGGCAUGUUGGGAAGUACUGGGCUGUAUUCUUUAUUGUUCUAGGAUUCUUGGUGCUGACAUUUUUCUGGUUCAAUGUGCCAAGGACAGAUAAAUUCAAAUUUCAACUUGCAUUUCACCAUAUUAUGUGUAGAAUAGGCCUGCCAGCUGAAAACAUUUAAGAAGCUCUACUGUAGCAAAACCUAUGCCCAUGCUCAUAAUGGCUUGGUAAAAAUUUAAGCUUAUCAAGUUUAGUUUUUGGAAGGUGAAAUGCAUGAGAAAAAAAACCAGCAAAAACCUUAAUCCUGCUGCACUUUUUACACAGGCCACAGAGUAAGAUUUUUACCCUUAAAAUAUACCAAAACAAAUUGUUGUGAACAAUAAAAUACUUCUUAAAUAAUCAGAAAAAAAAUUAUAGAGAUAAAUUUAUAAAAAGUCCUCCAUGUUUUAUGAUUAUACAGUAUGUUUUUGAUUUCAUUGUAGCAUUGGUUAUCUAACUACCAUCUAUGCUAUUUGUGUUAUAUAUUUGGUUAUUACAGUAGUAUUUUUUUUUAUAAGAAAAUGUAGUAUGUUUGACCAUAUAAUUAUUUUAUAUUUAUUUAAAGAGUAAAUUUAUAUUCUGUUGGGCCCAUUAGUUCAGAUGAUGCUGUAGGAGCCACCCUCAAAUAUAUUGGCUGAAUUAAUUUUAACAUUAUGAUUAAAGCAUUUAAUAACACGGUUGGAUUUAUAAAAUUGAAGGUUAUAUAGUUUUGCUGGAUUCUUAAUGCUGUAAAAUAAAACGAUGGUUAGAUAGUUAAGGUCCCUGCCUUCUACUGUAAUCCUAGUGUCUCAAGUUCACAUCCUACAAACAUAUUUUAGAUUUUAUAUUCAAGACUAAAUACAAAACAAUUCCAUGACUUGAUAGAGCAAGAUAUUAUUUUUUUGGCACAUUAUUAUUCAAUGCAAAUUAAAUUUCAAAAGAAGUGUCCUUGUGUGGCAGUAAAUAGAGGUUUCAUAUGUGUUGCCAUAGUAACAAUGCAUAUUUUUUGUUUGUUUAUUCCGAUGGAGUUCUUUAUUUGACUAUAACCAGGGAAGUGCUAUCCCCACUUUCCUGCUUGUAUAACAAAUAUGGUUUUUUAAUAAAUAAAAUAAAAAUGAAAUUGAAACUAUGAAUUUGUAUCUUACUCUGUUAGUGAUUAUGAUUUUGCUAUAGUAUCAAUUUUAUUGUGAAGAAUUAUUUAUUUAAAAAAGAUAUUUUCUAAAUAUAUUUACAUACAGUAAAGCACAUACUGUCCAUCCAUGGCAAAUAGUGCUGAACUUAUUCUAAGCAAUGGUAAUAUAUUAUUUUUUAAAUGAAUAUUAUUAGGAUGUAAAAUAAAAUAUGUAUUAGGCAUUCACUUGUCUUGAAUCAGGGUAUUUAAUCUAUAUCCCUGCUAUAUUAAAAAAAAUAAAUCAAAUGAGCAAAUGUAAAAAUUAAAAGUACUGUAAGUACUGUAGCAGACCAGGAAAAUUAGUAGGCGUGACACCGGGGUGCAAUCAGUCUCAAAUUGGUGUGACGUUCUGCUCUUCAGUGCCACAAACAUUUUGGUACUCUGUACUGUAUAAAUUUAUUUAGCUAAAUUAUUCAAUAAAUUUUAAUUGAAUUUGA